AUGGAUCUCUCUUCACUUGAAGGGCCCCCAAUCUAUAACCCCGGGGUCGCCGAACCGGCCUGCAACAUGUCGGUUCCUCAGAUACACUUCGAGCAUCCCUUUUUCACCAGUCCCGAAACAGACGGAUUACACCUGCAAAGACCUGCGUCCGCCGACGCCCAUGCCCUUCGCCGAACCAAGUAUCUCAACCCGGCCUACAUCCGCCACACUGCACAGCCUCGUCUUCGAGUCCAAGCCGGCCCACCCAUCCAGCUCGACUCUACUAUCCAGUCUAGUGACAGCCCUAAUCACAGUCACAGUCACAGCCAUAGCAGCCGCAGCUACCGCCACAGUAACUCCGACCUCUCCGGCUUCUCAUCGGCGCCCAACCGUCCUCGCAGACUCACUUGGGUCGAAAGUGAGAGGAUCUGGAUCGUCACCAGCCCCUCCACCGGCUCCCCGACUACCUCGUCAACAUGGGGCGACGUAAAUUGGUCCGCGGCCGCCUACCGACCCCCUCCGCUGCAGCAUUCUCGAUCAAUGGAUAUGACUCUUACCCACAGUCAGGCCCACUUGCCGCCGGACGACGAUGACCUCCCGCCCCCGUAUGAGCGGCAUUACUUUGAUAGACCUCUUCCUCAUCUCCCGCCGCAGGCAGGGAUGGAUUCAUCGGUGGGAGGUAGCGCCUAUAGCCAGAAUACGAGUCUGGAUUCCGGUCAAAGGCACACUCACAGUCAUAAUACUCGCGCAUCGCGAUGGACGGAAAUUGCACGGCGCAUGAACCGCACUCCCGUGGGAUGA